AUGUGUCAUGUGAGAAGAGUAUAGACACACAUUUUGUAAUUUUGAAAACGGACGGAAAGAGUUUAUAUUAAGAGCCGUAAGGAUAAGGAAUGGAUCCCCGUAUCAGUGCCCAGGAUUUGAUGCGAUGUGACCACUGCGAGACUGCUAUAGUACAGAUGCACUGUGAUACAUGCCUCGUCAACCUGUGCAAAGCCUGUGUGGGAGAACACAUCUCAAUCGCUGGAUCCAAGGAUCACAAGGUGGUCAAUUUUCAGUUAAAGAAUUCUAUUCCCCUCUUCCCUGAAUGUACCUCCCAUGAAAAAGAACAAUGCGAGAUGUACUGUAAACAUUGUGACAUCCCUGUCUGUCAAACUUGCCUGGCAUCUGAUCAACACCUAGGUCAUAAGUUAUCAAAAAUCUUGAACGUAGUCAGUGAAAAGAAAGACUUGAUAAGGAAAGAGCAAAACGAAUUAAAGGGAACAAUUUAUCCAACCUAUCAGGGCAUUGCAGCAGAUACGCAAAACAAAAUGCGUCAGUUAGAAAAGGAAUACGGAGAGCUCUCAACAGCUAUAACAAAACAUGGAGAGGACUUGCACAGAGAAAUUGACAAACUUGUCAGUAAACUGAAGGCUCAAGUUGAAAAAAUGAAGACUUCACAGUUACAAACUUUACAGACACAGCUUGAUGAAAUCAACAAGAAUGUUACUGACAUUAAAGAUACCCUUGAUAUUGCUGUAGACUCUAAUGACAUUUCAAAACUAUGCAGUGUAAAAUUACGUGUAGAUCAAUAUAAAAACCUUCCACAAAAGCAUGUUCUGUCUGUGCCGAAAUUCACUCCAGGGACAACCAAAAGUGAUGAACUUUGUAAAUUGUUUGGAGAUUUAUCAUCAAUUUCUGUUAAAUCGGAGGAGCAUGGAUACCGUAUUACGAAAUCACAAAAAUCACCAGAAAUGGAAACUCCAGAAGUUAAUUCUCCCUCAUUCAAUCAAAAAACACUAGAAAGAAGAUGUCAACCUGUCAGACCAGUAAAAAGAUUCCUUCAGAUACCAAAGAUUCAUUCUGAAAGUAUUGCAUAUUUUGGCUACUUUCUAAAUGUUGCAAGUUUGAGAAACGAACAGAUAUGGGUAUGUGGAAGUAGCAAAAGGAUGGACCUCUACAGAAUCGAGGAGUACUUUCGAUGUACCCUCGACUAUCAGAAACCACCACUGAAAACAAUCACAACAAAAUCAGGAAACAGGCCAUCAGACAUAGCGGUGUCAAGAAGUGGAUAUCUUAUUAACUCUGAUUACAUGGAUAGGACUGUUAACAUUGUGGAGAAUAAUUCAAACAUAAAGGCGGUGAUCAGACUGCAAAAGUGGAGACCUGGAGCUGUAUGCAGCACUUCUACUAAUGACCUCUUGGUUACAUUGGAAAGUAAUGACAGAAAUCAUUCAAAAGUUGUCCGAUACUCUGACUUCAAAGAGAAACAAUCCAUUCAGUUUGAUCAUACUUGUACACCUCUUUAUUCAUCUGGAUUUUCUUUAAAAUACAUAUGCGAAAACAGGAACCUUGAUAUCUGUGUAGCAGACUGCGGAGCUAGGGCGUUAGUGGUGGUCAAUCAGGCGGGGAAAUUUAGAUUCAUAUAUUACGGACAUACUCCUUCUCCAAAGCAUCAACCAUUCAGUCCAUGUGGUAUCACAACAGACAGUCAGUGCCACAUCCUUACAAGUGAUGAUAACAAUUACUGUGUUCACAUCCUAAAUGAGGAUGGAGCGUUCCUACGUUUCAUAAACUGUGGGGAAACAUUUAAACUACAUGGACUGUGUACAAAUGCUAGUGACAAUCUGUUUGUUCUUAGUUCCAGAGGAUACACAUUUCAAGAUGUUGUAAACUUUUUUCGGUCUGAUGCUAAUUCAGAUAUUUAUAAUGUGAUGAAAAUCAAAUAUUUACAGUGA